UUCAUAAUAGUACAUCUACAGCAAGCUGUGGACUAAGAAGUUAGGGAAUGAGUUAAAGUGGUUAUUUCUUAUAUAUAUAAAAAAGUUACCUCCAGCUUCAACAUGGUUAAUCUGGGGCUCACCAAAGUGGACGACGCGUUGGUGGCCAAACAUCCGGGUUUGGAGAGCUACGCCGCCUGUCAGUCUCAUGCUUUCAUGAAGGGGUCUGGGACCUUUGUGCUGGGUGUUGCAGGUUUUUUUGCUAUUCAGAAGGCCCUACAGAGGAAGCUUCCUUAUCCCCUUCAGUGGAACCUGCUCAUUUCAAUAGUGGCAUCAUCAGUGGGCAGUUACGCAGUGACUCGCUGGGAAACGCAGAAAUGCUCAGACCUCUGGUUGCUCCUAGAAACAGGCAAAGUCCCAGACAGGUCACCACCUCCAGUACCCCAACAAGAGGAACCAACAGCACCACAGAAGACAAAAUAUGGUGACGUGAUGGAAUGAAGAAGUUUCAAACAAAUUUUAUUAUCUACAAUAUAAAGAUUAUAAAUAUGCAAAGAGAAAGAGCUCAGUGGUGCUCUGCACAUUUUGCAUGGCCCACAUGAUUGUGUAUUAUAUUUAUUCUGGUUGUGGAGCUCUUAAAUUUCAUAACAGUAUCAAUGUGUGGAUUAAAAAAAAAAACAAACCCUGGGUUUUCCUGACUCAGAGGUCAGGAAUUAGUUGUGGGUUUUUAGUAGGAAUUAGAUGUAAUGCUUGUAAUCCGGUGUUGUUGUUAUUAACAGGGUUCGUACGGGUGCUUGAAACCUUGAAAAUGCUUGAAUUUUAAUGUUGUCUUCUCAAGGUUUGAAAAGUGCUUGAAUUUCAGAUGUGGUGCUUAAAAGUGCUUGAAAGUGUAACUGUAUUUCAUUCA